AUGUCACCUCCUCCCCAUCGACACCUGGCGACAGGAAACCAGCUGGGCUCCAUUGUUCCAACUCCACUCUAUUACGACAAGCUCAGCAAGCUGGUUCUUUCUGUCGCAGUUUGUUUUCUCUCUCUUUUGAAACGACUUCAGUCAGUUAAUGUUUACUUUGCAGAGCGCGUGACCAAGCAGAAGAACAAGAAGGAGAAAAAAGAUGACAGCAAGAAAGAAGAUGGGAAGAAAAAUGGUCAGGAUAAGGAAAAGUCACUGGGCGAUCAGCAGACCGCAGCAGACCCGGCGACUCCGCCGAAGAGCGAGGUGGAUUCUUCUCAGGUAUCUCCCCAGAAGGAUUCCUCGUCUUCUUCUAGUAGUUCUGACAAUUCUCCCAUCAAGUAUGUCAUCACCAUCGAUCCCGAGACGGAAGAGGUGACCGUCCACACGGAAGCCAUCUCGGAGGAAGAGCACGCGGAACGCGAGAAGGCUCAGAACGAAAAGGUCAAGAAGAAGCCCACGUGUCAGAGCCAUCCCGGCAGGGUGCACUACAAGGUGAAUAAACACGAUGCCUAUGACGAGGACAGUGUGGGUCGUCUCGAGGACGAAUGGAAACUUUACGAGACUCCGCGGUUUGUGCGCGGCGCACGGCUGGCCAUUGCCCUAGACUGCGAGAUGGGUGUCACCAUGAAAGGCGAGUCGGAACUGAUCCGGAUCAGUGCGGUGGACUACUUCACCGGCUACGUCCUGCUGGAUACGCUGGUGUAUCCCGCCGUGCCCAUGCUGCACCUCAACACCAGGUACUCUGGGGUCAGCUGGCAGAUGCUCAACCACGCACUGGCGACGCGCAGAUGUCUUGUGAGCCGUGAACAGGCGCGGCAGCAGCUGUGGCAGUUUGUGGGACCUGAGACCAUCGUUAUGACGCACGGGGGCGCGGCCGACCUGCUAGCCUUGCGGUGGAUCCAUCGUCGCAUGGUCGACACAUUUCAUGUCGAUGGCACCCAUGAGAAUCCGGAGACGGGCCGCUCGCUGAAGAACUUAGCUGCGGUUCGAUUGAACCGGCGGAUCCAGGAGGGAAGCCGGGGCCAUGACAGCAUCGAGGAUGCGAUGGCGUGCCGGGAGCUCACCCAUUGGUAUAUGGAGCAUUUGGCUACACGGGCCACCGAAGCUGCUCCAGCUACGAGUUAG